AUGGAUUUUAUGUUAAUAUAUAUUUUGGACGGGCGGGUUACCUAUCCGUAGUUCAGAAAUCGUGAAAUUUUACAAACUGUAAGAGUGUGUGAUGCACAGAACUGUAUGGAGUCAAUGCUGGGAUCCAGGCGCUACGGAUUAAGUCUAGAUUAUCUCGCUUCAGGGUCUGUUUGUACUAACGUUAAAGUACCAGCUCAAGUGCAGGGAACCUACGCGGUUAUAGCCCGUUUUAAAAAGAACAGCAAAUUAAACAUAUUCUCUUCAACAGCUCAUUCUUCGGUGCAUAAAAACAAAUAACUUGAUUUUACAGAUCAGUGGCAUAAAUCGGGUUUUAUGUGCUAAAGCUUUUUUGUGCUAGUUCUGGUUCGAGGAAUCGCCUCUACGCGCCAGCUGACGUCCAACGGAGUUCUCCUCAUAACAGCGCAUCACCGCGCAACUGCGUCCGGGUUUAAACCGCAAAAAUGUCAGGGCAGAAAGACACUGGUGAGGAGACCUUCGAUGUAAUGGAACUGGCAGAGUACGCCAAGAAACAGAACUGGUGGAACAGGGCCUUUGGGAAGAAGGACUCUGGCCCAGCUGCAGAGAAGUAUUCCGUGGCCAAGCAGCUUGUGAUUGGAGGAGUUACAGGCUGGUGUGCAGGGUAUCUGUUUCAAAAAGUGGGGAAGCUUGCAGCUUCAGCAGUGGGUGGAGGCUUCAUUCUGCUUCAGAUCGCAAAUCACACAGGGUACAUAACGGUGGACUGGAAGAGGGUGGAGAAGGACGUGAACAAGGCGAAGAAACAGCUGAAGCUCAGCGCAGAGAAGCCCCCAAAGGAGGUGCGGACGAAGGCGCAAGAGGUGCAGUCAUUUGUGAAGAAAAACCUGGUUCUCUCUGGGGGGUUUGCCGGUGGGUUCCUCAUCGGUCUGGCAUCUUAGGAAAUAUACUUCUUGUUUGUUUUCUGUUAAAUCAUUAUUUUCUUAUAGUGUGCAUAUAUUCAAUCACAAUCUAUCAAGUAUAGAUUUAAAAGCAAGUAUUUUUGCAUCUUAUAUGGAACAUUCUGAAAGCUUGAUGUGCAAUAUAGGCUUUUAAAAAGUGGUUCACAUUAAGAAUCAGCUUGUGGGGUGGGCUUAAGCAUGGCCAAAGCGCAGGUAAUUGAAAUAUUAUUUUCUGUAUUUUAUUUUCACUGUAUGAUGUUCGUUUAUAAUAAUGAAAUGCUGGAGUACACAUUGUAAGAAUGUGUAUGAACAGCAGCUCUGGGACAGUUGCAUUUUGCCCAGAAUAUUUCUCUUGUAUAAGCAGGAUGGCACUGACUAUUAUUCCAGCACAGAAGGGAUUUUAAUAAAUUAAUCGGAGGGAUACUCAUGUUUAAAUAACAUCAGUGUAUCCUCUCACAGCAUAGGGAAGGCUACAACACAAGAAUGUUUCAUUAAAAAAUAAGUUAUGUUACUGGAUGACAAAGCUUGAUUGAGCAGAAGCAUUUCAUACAAAAAAGGUAUCCAGUGAAACUGAUAAUGAACUAUCCAUAUGAACUCCUAA